AUAAAUAUAUAUCUUUGUUAUUAUUUAUUUAUUCAAACAGACGCUCACACUGCUGCACUGACUCAUCUGUUUCUAUAUUUUCUUCAUUUUAACGAUCAUUUUAUUUAUAAAGUUAUGAAUGAAUGACCGGAACCGGAAACUCAGAUUGCUGGUCUGAAAACGUGGAAAGUGGAUUUAUUGUUCUUAAGUUUAACUGAUUCAACACGAGAUAACAUCUAAAAUCCUCUAGAACUGUUUUAUCUAGUGCACCACGGACAAAUUAAUUCAUACAUUUAACAGGAAUAAAAGGACAAAACGCAAGAAAUCAAAGUUUGAUAAUUCAUGUUGAAAUGCUGAGGACUGUUUACUGUUUCUGUUUUCUCUUUUAUUUUAAAUAAAUAAUAAUAUCUUAAGUUAAUUUCGGACAUUUGAAGCGCGACAUUGACUCGGUGUUAAAUAAUGAGCACAUUAAAAUGUUGAAAAUGACAACGCAGUCCGGUCCGCUCCGGUGGAUCCAGUCCGGGAUCUCCUUGCUCCCGCUGCUGCUUACGGCUAGGCUAGGCUAGUACUAAACUCCCGGAGCUAACGGUUACAGUCCCGUUACCGCCGCUCCCGUUAAUGUGUCCGAUCAUCCCAGAGGAGCCUUUUACUCACCGGAACACACCGAUUUUACAACAACGUAUUUAUCCGAUAAUAUCGACCGACGGUCGGGUCUGUCGGAUCCCUCGGCUGGCCCCCGGUCUCAGCUAAGCUAACAGUUAGCCUUACAGCCAAAAUGGCGGACAACGAGGAUGACAGCGGGCUGACCAGAACAAUAACAGUCGCGGAGCCUCCGGGGGCCGCGGGCCAGCCGGGCCUCCAGGGCCAGCCCGGGGACGGAUCCGGGUCCAGGGCUCCGCACAGCAGCUCAGAACCACCGAGCAUCAUGGUGGGCCCGGAGUUCGGCAGCCUGGGCCCGGACCCGGACCUGGGCCCGGACCUCGGCAGCACCACCAUCAUCUACGUCCAGCCGGACGGCAGCCUGGUGGAGGGGUCCGGACUCACGGUCGAGGAGCAACAGGCCCUGCUGGAGCAGCUCACCAGGCAGCAGAUCGUCCAGGUCUCCGACACCGAGGCCGCCCAGCUGCUCCAGCAGAGCCAGCUGGUUAAGACCAUCCCGGUCCACAACACGGCCCUGGACCCCAGCCAGCUGCAGCAGGUCAUCAACCAGGUCACCAAGUCCCAGCAGCAGGUCCAUGUCCCCCAGCAGGGUUCGAAGCAACAAGUCCAGGUCCAGGUCCCCCAACAGGGUCUGAAGCAGCAGGUCCAGGUCCCCCAACAGGGUCUGAAGCAACAAGUCCAGGUCCCCCAGCAGAACAUAAAGAGCAGCACUCAGAACGCCUCCCAGCAGCUGAAGAGCGUGGCCCAGCAGGUUGCCCUGCAGACCAGCGGCUCGGUCCAGCUGGUCCAGAAGAAAUCGGAGCCGGUCCGGAUCCAGAUCCAGGUUCCCCACAAACAGGAGGUGAAGUCUGUGGUGGCGCCCCAGCAGAAGAGCCUCGCGGUCAGUCAUCCACAGGUGAAGCUGGCGGCCAAUGGCAGUGCUCAGAUCAUCCACAUCCAGCCGGUGGUGGGUCAGCAGGGCCAGCAGUUCUUCCUGCAGCAGAGUCCGGGGGACCCCCCUAUCCAGCUGCUGCUGCAGAGCCCCACCCCCGUCGUUGGAUCUCUGCUCCCAUUGGUCCACAAACUCACGGGCCAGACCGCGAUGACGGGCACCACCGCCUCUGGUCCGGGCCAGAAACCUGCCGUAUCCCCCGUCAGGGUCGGGACCCACACCGUCGCCAAGACCCCGCCCUCCUCCGCUGCCAAGGCCGUCCCUCACAUCAAAAACCCUGCAGAUGCCAAGCCGUCCGCUACCAGCAAGAGCCCCGUCAAACCGCCGGCACAGAGCGCCCGACCCGCCUCAGCGGCCCCGCACUCUGUGGCCCCGCCCGCAACAGCGAAGGACAGAGAAAGGGAAAAAGAGAAGAAGUUGAAGAAGAGAGAGAAGAAGGCGAUAAAGGUCCAGACCCGAUCCGGACGGGUCUCUAGACCGCCCAAAUACAAAGCUAAAGACUACAAGUUCAUAAAGACAGAGGAUCUGGCCGACAGCCACCAGUCCGACUCUGACGACUACUCCGACAUGAGCGUGGAGGACGAGGAGGGCGGGAGGAAGGAAGCCGUGGCGCCAGGCUCCGCCCCCUCGCUGACCUACAGCCACAAGUCCCGGUCCCACCGCUGCCAGACCUGCGAUAAGGCCUACAUCGGCGCCGGAGGCCUGAACCGCCACUACAAACUGAACCCGAGCCACGGGGAGCCCGACCUGACGGGCGGCAUGGACGGCCAAUCACAGGAGACAACCACGGGCGCAGUCGGGGAGGAGGCGGAGGACAGGAAGAGAGACGACAAACCUGCUGCCACGGCAACAAACAGAGUGGACGGCGGUCCGGCAGGUGCUGUCGGACUCAGGGGCCUCCAUCCCCGGGGCCCCGGCCGCCCCCGAGGGCGAGGGAGAGGCAGGGGGCGGGGCCGUGGCCGAUCGCUGGGACCGCCUCCUAAGGUGGCGGUGAGCCUCGUCAGUAGGCGGGGCCGCCGCGGUCGACCCCCCAAGCUCGCCGUCAGCACGGUGACCGCGGAGCAGCAGGCGGACCGCAGACGAGACCGACUGCAGGAGCUGGUGGACUCCUGCCAGGACGAGGACCUGAUGGACAUCGUCCUGCCCCGCCUGACCAGAGUACUUAGCCUCUGGGAGCUGCUGCUGGCCAAGGUAGAGGGCGGCGGUCCCACCCGGACUCGGUUUCCAGACAUCUACCGUGAGUUUGAGUCCCUGCAGGUGCAGGUGAGGCAGGCUGCUCAGGACUACAUCGUAUGCCCCCAGGGCGGAGCGGCGCCACUGGAGGUCCGCAACAUUGAGGUUGCCAGGUCUCUGGGGAUCCUGGAUGAGGUGAACAGGAUGAAGAUGGUUCCCGCUGCGUCUCCUAGCUCCAGUCUGACCAAUAAGAACGUCCGAUACAUGGAGAAUUCCAAGAUGCUGCCGCCUUCAAAGAGAUUCAAGAUGGAGAACAGCGUUCCGGUUCAUCAGAACGGCAUCGAGGCGCCCAGAACAGGUGGGACGACAGCAACCCCUGUGGUCUCUGCGGUCUCUGCGACCCCUGUGGCCCCCUUGAAGCCCCGCUCAGUCUCCGUCUCUCCUCUGGUGAUUCCAGCUGGAUCUAAACUGCAGACCACCACGGCGGACUCCGACUCCAGCUCGUCCGGCUUCAUCAAGGCUCCGCCCCUCGUCACGCCCAUGGAGGUGACCCCAGGUGAGGACCAGGUGGAGUCUAACAAGGACCAGGUCCUGGGCAGCAGGGACAUCAGCGCCCAGGUGGAGGAGCUAGAGAAAGCUCUGGGUUCAGACUCAAAGACACCCGAGUCUGGCUCCGCGCAGACAGGGUCCGGCUCAGUCCAGACAGAGUCCGGCUCAGUCCAGACAGAGUCCGGCUCCGCCCAGAUUCUGAGGGACGCCUCCCUGGACCCCUGCGAGCCCAAAGAGCUCCAAGAGGGUCAGGAGAUUUACAUCCAGACCGAGGGGCUGACGGUCCAGCUAGCAGAACCCGGCUCGGACCGGAUCGUAGUCGUCAACGGGCCGGACGGGACCACCAUGCACAUCCAGACCCCAGAGGGGGUCCCCCUGGAGGCGGUCCAGGCCCUGCUGGGCAUCGAAGCUUCAGACGGAGCCAAAGCUCAACAGUGAACAGAACCAGAACCUCAACCUGAGCUGAAGCAUGUCGCUGAGGACCUUCUUCAGACUGAACCUCGUGUUUUAAAACAACUCGAAGCUUCUGAUCAGAAAUCACUUAACAAACGUUUUCAUUUUAAUUUGAGCUCUGCUGAUAUUUAUACUUCUGAUGAUCAGUGAGUCUGAUCUCAGGCUGGCAGACUCAGCAUGAUAUGACAAGACACUCGGGUGACUCUGUCACUCGUGGCUCCCGGACUGGGCAGUCUUAUUUAUGGCAGCGGUGGGCUCAGCUUGCUAUCUGAUUGGUCUCCUGUGAUGAUGUCACGGCUCCUCAGGAGGAACUCGAUCUUCCUGAUUGUUAAUUUGUAAACUUGAACUUGAUUUUUUUUCAGUGUUUCCAUAUUUGAAAUUGUUCAUUUCAACAUAGAAACUGAUUAGUUGGCUGUUUAUAUGUAGAUAAAUAUGAAAAACAAAGUUUAAAAAAAUGUGGCACUAUUUUAUUACUUUUUAUAAACUUCACAGUGAAACGUUUUCCAGAAGGAAAGUUCCUGAUUUGUCUGUUGAAUGUAUGAAACAUGUUAAUGUUGCUCCAAUAAACUGAUGUGACGACUCGGAGCGGACGAGUCCUCGUGUCCUCUGACCUGUU